UGCGGCGGGGGCACCGGGCGCGAGCGGCUCGGGGUCCGACGUGCGGCGGCGGAGGGCGGGGCGGCGCCGGGGACGCGCAGGGCGGGCGCAGGGCGGGUGGGCACGCGGCGGGGCCGCGGGGCAGUGCAGGGGCGCGCGGGGCCGCGGGCGCGCGGGGGCGGCGGGCGCGGCGCCGCCCCUCCCGGCCGGGGCCGCCCGCGGAUCAUGUGGUGCGGCGGGAGGAAGUGCCGCUUGUUUUCUUUCCUGCGGGCGCCGGGCUCCGGGCAGGGCGCGCGGCUCCGAGACCCCCCCGGGGGCGGCGCGGGCCGCGAGCGCAGAUGAGGCGCCCCGGGCCCCGCCGCGGCGUCCCGGGCCCGAUGGCGGCUCCGCCGUGGGACCCGCUCCGCAACGACUCUCUGCCGCCCACGCUGACCCCGGCCGUGCCGCCCUACGUGAAGCUCGGCCUCACCGUCGUCUACACCGCGUUCUACUCGCUGCUCUUCGUGUUUAUCUACGCGCAGCUCUGGCUGGUGCUGCGCUAUGGCCACAAGCGGCUGAGCUACCAGAGCGUCUUCCUCUUCCUCUGCCUCCUCUGGGCCUCCCUGAGGACCGUCCUCUUCUCCUUCUACUUCAGAGACUUCGUGGCGGCCAACGCGCUAGGCCCCUUCGGCUUCUGGCUGCUCUACUGCUUCCCCGUGUGCCUGCAGUUCUUCACGCUCACGCUCAUGAACCUCUACUUCACGCAGGUGAUUUUCAAAGCCAAGUCAAAAUAUUCUCCAGAAUUACUCAAAUACCGGCUGCCCCUCUACCUGGCCUCACUCUUCAUCAGCCUCAUAUUCCUGUUGGUGAAUCUGACCUGUGCGGUGCUGGUGAAGACAGGCGGCUGGGAGAGGAAGGUCAUCGUCUCGGUGCGUGUGGCCAUCAACGACACGCUCUUCGUGCUGUGUGCGGUCUCCCUCUCCAUCUGUCUCUACAAAAUCUCGAAGAUGUCCUUGGCCAACAUUUACUUGGAGUCAAAGGGCUCCUCUGUGUGUCAAGUGACGGCCAUCGGAGUGACCGUCAUCCUUCUCUACACCUCCCGAGCCUGCUACAACCUGUUCAUCCUGUCAUUCUCCCAGAGCAAAAAUGUCCAUUCCUUUGAUUACGACUGGUACAAUGUCUCAGACCAGAGCAACCCUGGAAUGGUCCCCAGCCACGGAUUCAGUCCCAGAUCUUACUUCUUUGACAACCCUCGAAGAUACGAUAGUGAUGAUGACCUUGCCUGGAACAUUGCCCCUCAGGGACUUCAGGGAAGUUUUGCUCCAGACUACUAUGACUGGGGACAACAAACCAACAGCUUCCUGGCAUCAGUGGGAACUUUCCAACCAGACCCAGUUUUGGAUCCUGACAAACCAGGCCAUGGGUAGUAUCAGUCAACAAUUCUGUGGAAGAUUCCUCAGUGAAGACCUUCAAAGAGAUUAACUUCAUGACAGCUGAAUUUUUGUAAGGCACUUUUCCUUAAGAAAUCGGACUUGAUUUUUGUUACAGGUUUCUAAUGGCUCCUAGGACUAAGCAAUAAUUUAGAUUGAUAAAAUCUUAUUUUAGUACUAAAAAGUGAGCCUGGAUGCCUUUUUUAGUGGGUAUAAUUUAAACUUUAAAAAAAUACUCUGUACUUUUAUAAAGAUGUAUUUUAUAUAACUUAAAUAAUAAUGCUAAAAUAUAUACUAGGAUUUUUUGAGAAUGUUAUUGCAAUAUAUGUUUGUAGUUUGCACAGACUUUUAUGCAUAAUCCACUUUAAAAGUCCACAGUACAUGGUCUGAUGGUUGUUUCAGGCUUUCGGACUAACGUAUCUUCAGAUCCUUACCUCUUCAGGCCGUGCAGGGGCUGAGCCGGGUAGAUUCAAAACUCAGCUGACAUCUAGAAAGCCAGUUUCGACUCCAGUGUUAAGUUAUACUGUAGCAGAUUAUCAACAGACUACAGACAAGGUAACAGGGUCCUUCCUUCGAGUUCUUUAAGGUCGAGAUGGUUGUUGUCUCAAAGAAUUUAAAUUUUGACAAAAAUGUGGUACUCCUUUGAGCAGGGCCCUGAUGUGUACCCUUCAGCCAUAAGUGGAUCCCUUAGAAGCAUGGAUAGAGCUAACCCACUGCUAAGCCUCCUCUGCUGUAUUCAGAACCUUUGCCUAGUUUUUCAGCCCAGGGAAAUCUAGGCUCCGUUACCUCAGUCCUUCCCAGGACGUCACCUUUCCCAAAUCACGGACCAUUCAUUCCAGUCCAGGAGCGCAGGACAGGUUCUCCGCCCUCCAUCCGGCAGGCUGUAUGCAGUCUUCAGUCUUCCUGCACUUUCCCACGUAUUUAAAAUAAUGGCCUGCAUUUCUAAGUAGCUCUGAAAUCAGGCUACUGGCAAUAGCAGCUUUAAAACGGGAGUUGCUCUCUGGUACCCAGGAGCACGAUUCCUGUCCAUCGGCCACGUGAAGAGGCACGUUCCAGACGACGGCUUCAGUGAACUCAGCUGGGACUCCAGCCCUGGUGCAAGUCUAAAACCUCCAAGAUCUAUCCAGGUACCACUGCCUACGAUGGGAAACUGUGUCAGGGAGGUUAAAUGCUCGGAUAUUCCGUAAAACAGAAGGUCCUGGAGGAAGGAUGGUUACCAGCGAGAUGUGACCUGCUCUGCCUAGGAAAUCUCACCUUUCGGGACAGGAGGAGGAGGGGCAGACGGACAGACAGUCAUGCUCUGCCUUCAGGAUGAAGCCCAUUGCCAGUAUCUCUUAUUUCUCAUUAUGGUCUUCAGAAAGGAUUUCUCUCUGGGCAUUGAUUUCACAGAGAUUAAGUCUACUUCUCUUGAUGGUGAUUAAAAUUGCCAUCUCAAGUUGUAAAAAA